UCCCAGCGCAAAUACAUUUUCUCUUUGAGUCAGUUCCAGGAGCAACUGAUUAAACAGGAAAGACUCAACCUCAAACUUAUCGGGUUACACAGCAGUUAGUUAGUUUUCACUCUGACAACAUGUGUACUGGAAAAUGUUCCCGUUGUAUUGCUGUUACUCUGUACCCAUUAGCUCUUAUAUCGAUCAUCUGUAACAUUGUAUUGUUCUUCCCUGGUGGGGACGUAAAGUAUGCCAAAGAUGGACACAUCACUGAGGAGGUGAAAUACAUGGGGGGACUCAUUGGAGGGGGUGUAAUGGUGUUGAUCCCAGCACUUUACAUCCACUUGACAGGAAAAGAGGGGUGCUGUGGAAAUCGCUGUGGGAUGUUCUUAUCGAUUGCAUUUGCUGCAUUGGGUGUGGCUGGUGCCCUGUACAGUUUAAUUGUGGCAGUGCUCGGUUUGCAGAAUGGGCCUCUCUGCAAAGUUCUUCUGAUUUGGUUAACACCUUUUAAAAACAGGGACCCGAGCUACCUGACUGAUGACAGUUGGUGGGGAACAUGCACAGAGCCUAAGAACAUUGUGCAGUUCAACAUUGGACUGUUUGCGACUCUGUUGGCCACAAGCUGUCUGCAGCUGGUUCUCUGUGCCAUUCAGAUGAUCAACGGGCUCUUUGGCUGCCUGUGUGGAACCUGCGCCAACAAAGGGCCACUGUGAGUUUCAGACAGAUGACUGGCGCCCCUUGCUGGAAGAUGAAGAGUGAGAGCGUUCCUGCUGCAUUUGCCUAAAUAGUCACUUUGAAAUUGUAGAUUUUUAUACUUUGUGUGCAUUUCAUGAUGCUUAAUGCUGCAUUAUAAUAACACAGACAUCCGAAAUGUCUGCACUGCAUUAAGGUAAUAUGAAAAUGGUACAGUAUUAGACAAGAGCUGUGCCAAAUAUAUGGUUAAUUUGAAAUAAAUUGGUUUUAAAUACAAGUUGCUCAUCCAGUUCGGUGUAGUGUCACAUUAUAUUUGGCAUUACACAAUAACAUGAACCUUCACUUUAUUGUACCGGCUUUAAGUUAAAAUAAUUGACCCCAAGAAAUAGCUAGAAAAAUAUAAAAUAAAAUACAGGACAAAGUUAUUCUUCAAUGACACCUUUAAUGUAAGUUGUUUUACUGCAAUGAAUAUCAUUUUCAAAAUACCUACAUUUCUUAAUUAACAUUACAAGGAAUAUGAUUAAAAUGUUUGAAUUUCCAACUACUAUGCACUGGAAAACCCUGCAUGUGGAAUGCAGUGUGCAAAUGGCACAUUUGACAAGGCAGUUGAUAUUUUUCUCAUUGACUAGUACAGAACAAUAAAGGUUACACAAUAAAAAAGGCAAAGUGUAGUGAUUCAAAAGGCAAACGCUG